GGUCUCUAUUUAGAGAUAGAAAUUGAAGUGAAUAAUACCAGUUCUGCAUUUUCACACUCUUGAAAAAAAACGAGCUUCUUAUUCCUUCGAGAUUCUUCCACCGAUUUAGGUUUUUCAUUCAGAAAUCGAGUUUUAGGGUUUUGAUCAAACAUGGCAGAUCAUAACGAGCACGAAGAAGUUAAGAGUGAAUCUCUUUUGGACAAGAUUUCUGGUAAAAUCCAUGACCACCAUGAUUCUUCUUCAUCUUCUUCCGAUUCAGACAACGACAAAAAAGAGAAAAAAGUUUCAUCUCCUACUUCUCUCAAGAACAAGGUUUUCAGGCUUUUCGGCAGAGAAAAGCCCCUUCACAAUGUUCUUGGUGGUGGAAAACCUGCUGAUGUUUUCCUAUGGAGAAAUAAGAAGAUUUCAGCAACAACACUUGGAGUUGCCACAGCUUUAUGGGUUCUUUUUGAAUUGCUUGAAUACCACCUCUUGACUUUGAUUUCCCACUUGGCGAUACUCGCUCUAGCUGUGUUGUUCUUGUGGUCAAAUGCAUCCACUUUCAUUAACAAGUCUCCACCUAAGAUCCCACAAGUGCACAUUCCUGAGGAACCUGUUUUACAGAUUGCCUCUGCUAUUAGGAUUGAGAUCAACAGGGCUUUUGCUAUAUUAAGAGAUAUUGCAUCUGGAAGGGAUCUCAAACAGUUCCUCUCGGUUAUUGCUGGAUUAUGGGUUUUGUCAAUUGUUGGGAGCUGGACCAACUUCUUGACAUUGUUCUACAUAGCUUUUGUUUUGCUUCACACUGUACCUGUGCUUUAUGAGAAAUAUGAAGACCGUGUGGACUCUUUUGGCGAGAAGGCACUUCAUGAGUUCAAGAAGCAGUAUGCGGUGUUCGAUGAAAAGGUAUUGAGCAAGAUUCCCAAAGGUCCUUUGAAAGACAAAAAGAAAGAUUAAGUGUUGAGAUGUAUGUUGUAGCUGGGUUUCAUCAAUGCUGUUAUGUUCUGAUUCACCUCAGUUUAAACCCUGUGAUGUUAUAAUUUUAUUUUUUUUAGGGUUUCUUAGUAGACAUUGUCGAAGAAAUGCUUUAUAUGUUUUUGUGCUUACAUGUAAACCUUGGAUCCGUCUUAUAUGCUUAUGGUUGACUUGCUGCUUGGUUGUAUUUACAUCAUGAAUAUACUACUUUCUGCA